CGCUGUGGAGCUCCACUACAUCUGACCACCCAGCACUCCACAAGGUCACAACCGCUCUCCCCAGCUCUGACCCAAGGCCCAGGCACAGCCCCUCUUACUUGCCAACUACCAUCUGUUCAGCAUGGCGACCCGGUGGGGACUCUGCGGUGCGGGGAAGAUCAGCCACGAUUUCAGUGUGGCCAUGAAAACCCUCCCUCCUGGAGACCACCAGAUAGUGGCAGUGGCUGCGAGGAGUCUGGAGCGUGCCCGGGAGUUUGCCAAGAAGCACAGCAUCCCCAAGGCCUAUGGGAGCUAUGAAGAGCUGGCCAGCGACCCAGAGAUUGACAUGGUGUACCUGGGCGUGCUGCACACGGAGCACUGGCGCCUGGGCCUGCUGGUACUCCAGGCAGGGAAGAACAUGCUGUGUGAGAAGCCCUUCGCCAUGAACUCCAGGGAGGUGGGGGACCUCAUUGCUGCCUCCAAGAAGUCCAACGUCUUUCUCAUGGAGGCCAUCUGGUCCCGUUGUUUCCCACUGCACAGGGAGGUUCGCAGGCUGCUGGCUGAGGACGCCAUCGGCGACAUAAAGCUGGUGAAGGCCUCUUUUGGCUCCCCUCAGCUUCACAUCCCCCGCUCGGUGGAGAAGGAGCUGGGAGGAGGCGCUCUGCUGGACAUUGGGGUCUACACUUUGCAGUUUGUGUUGAUGGUGUUCAACGGGGAGAGACCAGAGUCCAUCCAUGCCACUGGAGUUCUUCUCAACUCAGGAGUGGAUGAGUCCAUGGUGGUGGUGAUGAAGUUUGCCAGGAACAGGCUGGCUUUCUGUUUCUUCUCCAUUGCUGUUUCACUGCCUAACGACGCCACCAUCAGCGGAACAAAGGGCACCAUCAGGGUUCUAGGUCCCAUGCAUUGUCCCACCACACUGGAGGUGAAUGGGAAGACGACACAGUACCCCCUGCCUGAGCCCUCCUUACCUCUGAACUUCACUAACAGCACUGGGCUGCGCUACGAGGCUGAGGAAGUCAGGCAGUGCCUGCUCAAAGGACUGAAGGAGAGCCCCAGAAUGCCCCUGUCUGAGUCGGCCCUGCUCACUGAGGUUAUGGAUGAGUGCAGGAAACAAGUGGGAGUGGUCUUCAACCAGGACAGCCAAUAACCACCCCUCACUCGCCACUCGACCAUCUGACCUGUGCCACAGGGCCUUGACAUGGACAGAGCUGUUUGAGGCAGGAGGGAGGGAUCAAGCCCUGAGUGUAUAUGAUCCCCUCAUGACUUAGCCCUAUACAGCUUGCACCUGAUGUGAGACAAAUUUGAACACGAUGACAAUAAAGACAAGGAAGCCUGAGUUGAUUAGUAGGCUACUGUGAGCUGCUAAGACUGACAGGUUAAAUUAAGAGUACCAAAGUCUGUCACAGUGAAGUGUAUGAUUGAUGGGUUCAAUAAAGGACACUCAUUGUCA